UACUGGUGCCGGGAGAAAGCUAUUGUUUUUAUUAUUUCUAUAUUUGUUUUUAUACAUUUAUUUUUUAACAGUGUAGUCACGGAUGUUGUUAAGAGGAUGUUAGUCGUCGAAUUAUUAUUAUUUUUUCCUUUGCCAAUUAAACCACCUCCCGUGCGUUGUACGCUGUGAAACAAAACGCGCGCAACCAUCGCGUCCACAUUGCGCCGCAUCACGGUGAGGUCACUGUAGUGCUGCGGUUAAAUUAGCCUGGCUAACGGGAGCAGUGCACUGCUAAGCUAUUAGCAUCUCGUUUAUGUGUGCUGUAGGCUGAAUAAGUAACAGUGUGAACGAUGUCUGGAAGUGCAGGAGAGUGGUGUCUCAUGGAGAGCGACCCCGGGGUUUUCACGGAGCUCAUAAAAGGUUUCGGCUGCAGAGGAGCCCAGGUUGAAGAGAUAUGGAGUAUGGAGCCAGAGAACUUUGAAAACUUGAAACCCGUUCACGGGUUGAUUUUCCUGUUUAAGUGGCAGCCUGGUGAAGAGCCAGCAGGAUCAAUUGUCCAGGAUUCAAGACUUGACCACAUCUUCUUUGCCAAGCAGGUCAUUAACAACGCUUGUGCCACCCAGGCCAUCAUCAGCGUUUUGCUCAACUGCUCUCAUCCUGACAUGUUGCUCGGCGAUACACUGACAGAGUUCAGAGAGUUUUCACAGAGUUUUGAUGCAGCUAUGAAAGGUUUGGCUCUCAGCAACUCAGAAGUGAUCCGACAAGUUCACAACAGCUUUGCCAGACAGCAAAUGUUUGAAUUUGACGCAAAGUCUUCAGCGAAGGACGAGGAUGCGUUCCACUUUGUGAGCUACGUUCCUGUGAACGGCAGGCUAUAUGAGCUGGACGGGCUUCGGGAGGGGCCAAUCGACCUGGGUGCAUGCAACCAGGAUGACUGGAUCAGUGCAGUCCGCCCUGUGAUUGAGAAAAGAAUACAGAAGUACAGUGAGGGAGAGAUCCGGUUCAACCUAAUGGCCAUCGUGUCUGACAGAAAAAUGAUAUAUGAGAGGAAAAUUGCGGAGCUCCAGGCCCAGCUUACUGAGGAUGAACCAAUGGACACAGACCAGAGCAGCACGUUCCUCAGCUCCAUCCAGUCAGAGAUUGCAAAGUACCAGCUCCUUAUUGAAGAAGAAAACCAGAAACUAAAAAGAUAUAAGAUUGAAAAUAUUCGACGAAAGCACAACUAUCUUCCUUUCAUCAUGGAGCUGCUGAAGACGCUGGCAGAGUACCAGCAGUUAAUACCUUUGGUGGAGAAGGCGAAAGAGAAACAGAGUGCCAAAAAAGCCCAGGAGGCCAAGUGAACAAGAACACACUCUGAUUUAUACACACACACGCACACACACACACACGCACACACGUCCAUCCUGAACCCUACAGUCAUUCUCCACCCCCCACCCCACCCCACACACACACACACACACACACACACACACACACACACACACACACACACACACACACACACACACACAGAUACUGUACCUGUCACAUUUGUAUUAAUGACCGAGGAUGGUCUGCAGCACACUCUCACCAUGGCAACCCAUUAAACCAUCCAGAGACUGAGGAAUGCCCUUCGGGUGUAGCCGAAAGACUGUCUGGUAGGGGAAAAAAAGAAAAAUCAUGUGUCCAUCAGCUCUAAUGCAUGAUCGAAGGAAAGCUGUUAUCAAAUGAUGUUCUGUCUUAUUUUCAUAAUAAAAAUGUCUAGAUGUUU